AUGGAAGGGCAGCGGGCACUCACCGCUGCCAAGGCCGGGGAUGUGGCCACUUUGAAGCAGUUGCUGGAGGCUGGCGUCCUGGGCCCGGGCAUUACUGAUGCCCUGGGGGCUGGCCUGGUGCACCAUGCCACCCGGGCUGGCCACCUGGACUGCGUCAAGUUCCUGGUGCAGCAGGCCAAGCUGCCCAGCAACCAGCGGGCUCAUAAUGGGGCCACACCAGUGCACGAUGCCGCAGCUACGGGCAGCCUGGCUGAGCUGUGCUGGCUCGUCCGCGAUGGGGGCUGUGGUCUGCAGGACCAAGAUGCCUCAGGCGUCUCCCCACUGCACCUGGCCGCCCGCUUUGGACACCCAGUGCUGGUAGAGUGGCUGCUCCAUGAAGGCCACUUGGCCACACUGGAGACACAGGAGGGGGCCUUGCCACUGCACCACGCUGCUGUCAGUGGGGACCUGACCUGUCUGAAGCUCCUGAUGGCUGCCCACAGCAGAGAUGUGAACCGGCGGACACGCAGUGGUGCCUCCCCACUCUACCUGGCUUGCCAAGAGGGCCACCUGCACCUGGCGCAGUUCCUAGUGAAGGACUGUGGUGCCGACGUGCACCUGCGUGCCCUCGAUGGCAUGAGCGCCCUACAUGCCGCUGCUGCUCGUGGCCACUACUCACUUGUUGUCUGGCUGGUCACAUUCACCGACAUCGGCCUGACAGUGCGGGAUAACGAGGGGGCCACAGCCCUCCACUUCGCAGCCCGAGGGGGCCACACACCCAUCCUAGACCGGCUCCUGCUGAUGGGGGCCCCAAUCCUGAGAGAUUCCUGGGGUGGAACCCCCCUGCAUGACGCAGCAGAGAACGGGCAGAUGGAGUGCUGCCAGACCCUCGUCUCCCACCAUGUGGACCCCUCCCUGCAGGAUGACGAUGGCUACACGACAGCAGACCUGGCAGAGUAUCAUGGACACCAGGACUGUGCUCGCUACCUGAAGGAGCUGGCGCGGCCGGUGCCACUCCUGAUGACGCCCCCACCACCACCAUUCCCUCCUCCCCCGCUGUCGGCCGUGAGGCACUCCCUGGAGGAAGGAAGAAGAGGGGGCUCGGGGCUCGGGAACCCCACCCCCACAUCGCUCAGCCCCACCUGGCCUGGCCAGCCUGACCAGCCUCCGCCGAGGGAGCAGAUGACCUGUACAGCACCCCCGAGGGUCUCCAGCACGGCCACAGCUGCCCCGACGGGUGCAGAGAUGGCUGUGGUGGGAGACACCCCUGAUGGCCUGGCCAUGCUGCAGCUGGAUGGGCUGCCCUCGGGCGACAUCGAUGGGCUGGUGCCCACACGGGACGAGCAUGGCCGGCCCAUCCCUGAGUGGAAGCGGCAGGUGAUGGUACGGCAGUUGCAGGCACGCCUGGGCAAGGACCAGGCCUCUGAGGCCCAGGACAGUGGCUGGAGCUCAGGUCCCAUGCAGCAGGCAGCCUGGCGGUACUCACAGACCCACCAGGCCAUCCUGGGCCCCUUUGGGGAGCUGCUGACCGAGGACGACCUGGUGUACCUGGAGAAGCAGAUUGCAGACCUGCAGCUUCGGCGCCGCUGUCAGGAGUACGAGAGUGAGUUGGGCCGGUUGGCGGCUGAGCUGCAGGCCCUGCUGCCCGAGCCCCUGGUCAGCAUCACUGUUAACAGCCACUUCCUGCCCCGGGCACCUGGACCCGAGGCCAUGGAGGCCAUGGCCCUGAAGGCCGAAACCACAGGCUCUGCAGAGGCCUCGGAGGCUAUGCCUGGUGGGCAGCCCCUGCCCUUCUGGUGCAGCCACAUCGCCCGCCUGGUGCGCAGCCUGUCCCUGCUGCUGAAGGGUGUGAACGGGCUGGUGCAGGGGGAGGAGAAGCCGGCCUCCCGGGAUCCUCAGGAUGCCCGCAGGGAGGCCCCGGCCAGUCACCCUUGGAGUGAAGCCCAGCGUGAGAUCCAGGAGUGGGGGGUGUCCGUGCGGACGCUGCGGGGCAACUUCGAGUCAGCCCCUGGCCUGCCUUGUGGCUCCAUGCCUAGCCCCUGCGGGCUGGGGACCCAGACUGGGCAGUGCCUGAGAGGCUGCUGGCCAGCUCCCCCAAAGCCCUGCAGUGGCCCAACCAGGGGCGAGCCCGGCCCAGGUGAUGCAGAGGAGGCCAGCGACUCAGGCAUCAGCUGUGAGGAGGUCCCGCUGGAGGCCGGCGCUGGGCCUGGCCUGGACCCCGCCAGCCUGAGGAAGGAGCGCAUCGUCAUGCUCUUCCUCAGCCACUGGAAGAAGUCCGCCUGCACCCCGGCCCUCAAGACAGCAGCCUGCCGGACCCUGGAAGCCCGCCGCGCGGAGCCCCAGGCACAGGGGGCAGCCAGGUGCCCCGGGCCGUCCUCCCCGCCGCCGCUGGGCGAGGGGGUCCAGCUGGGCCACCUGUGGCAGCAACGCAGCAUUAUCACGCGCCUGCUGGGCAGCUGGAAGUCCAUCAUGGCGCACGUGCCCGGCCGCCAGCUGCGGCGGCUGAGCCGGCGGCCCUGCGGGCCCCUGUCCCCCGAGCAGUUCCUGCCACACGUGGCCGGGGCGCCGGUGCCCUAUGGUAGCCUGUCGCUGGACUUGUUCAUGCUGGGUUACUUCCAGCUCCUGGAGUGCGACCUGCCGGCUGAGGAGCGCAAGAUGCGCCACCUGCUGUGCUUUGAGGUCUUCGAGCACCUGGGCACCCACGGCUGGGAAGCCGUGCGCUCCUUCCACAAGGCCGUGACUGAUGAGGUGGCCGCCGGCCGCCGAGCCUGGACGGACGGCUUCGAGGACAUCAAAGCCCGCUUCUUUGGCUCCAGCCAGGGUCCCUCCUGGGAUGCGGAGCCUGGACGCAAGACGGGCCUGACCCUGCUGGGGACCCUGCCGCACGUUGCCGUCCCCAGCAGCGGCCCUGAGCCCACAGCACAGCGGCUGGGGGGUGGCUCCCAGCGGGGCAGCUUCAACAGCGAGGACAUCUGCGGCUACAUCGACCGAAGCUUCGCCUUCUGGAAGGAGAAAGAAGCUGAGAUGUUCAGCUUCGGAGAGUGA